AUGACAACUCGGCGCGUUGCGGUACCCCUCCGUCAAUCCCAAAUUCUCUCGAAAAAAUAUUCAAGUCCGCGCGUCAUGACCGUCUCACCUGGGGAAAAGUCAAAAGACUCAUUGUUCAACCGGUUCGACAAUCUGACUUUCCCCGUGUCCAUGUCGGGUCCCUUGACUUUCGACACUUUCCCGGUAUUGACAAACUGGUUGGGAAAACUUGACUUGGCUCUCUCGCAAGGACAAUUGUCCUCGGCCCGUGAAAAAGUCUUAUGGAAUUACUGCUUAACUAAUGCAGAUUGA